ACUUAGUGGGACGCCGCCGCCUCUCAUCAGCGCUGUGGCGGUAUCCGAUGAUGUACGGUUAAUGCAUUGUGCAGGUACAGCAGCCAAUGCUCGCCGUCGGGUAAUUUGAGAGUUUUAGCUCUGUGUAAACGGUACGACUUUCUGAGAUCGCUUAUACAGCUCAUUAAGGUGCACUGAAUUAACUAUAACGUUAGCUGCUCCCUGAACAUUUCUUGGCACACUGAGUGGACCAAGUCGGGCUAGCUAGCUUGCUAAGCUACUUUCACUUUUCACUCUUGCAAGCACAAAAAGCAGCUCGCAGGAUUUCGCUUCCUUUCAGAAGCGCAGCUAAGACUGUUGCUCGAAGAACCUUUGGAGGAACAAAAUUAUUUAUUUUUUUUGGAGAACACAGGACCAACAUGCUUGAGGACUUCUUAUAACCUCCCGCCCUUCUUGUGCAAUGUCUCUGGUUUUCUCGCGACCCAACACCAGUGCGAUUGGCAAAAAGGACAAACGACUCAUGGCCGAGGUGAAUGCCUCCCCACUCAAGCACUUUGUCACCGCCAAGAAGAAAAUCAACGGCAUCUUUGAGCAGCUUGGCGCGUACAUCAAAGAAAGCUCGGCCUUUCUAGACGAGACCUACAGUAAUGAGGAACUGGAUCCAGUCACUACAGAGGAACAGGUGGCAGAGGUGCGGGGUUACCUCUCCAAGGUGGCAGGGAUCGGUGAGGUCCUGUCCCGCAGACACAUGAAAGUGGUCUUUUUUGGCAGGACCAGCAAUGGCAAAAGCUCUGUCAUCAAUGCCAUGCUGUGGGACAAAGUCUUGCCAUCGGGCAUCGGCCACACCACUAACUGCUUCCUGCGUGUAGAAGGUACUGACGGCAAUGAGGCAUUCCUGCUUACAGAGGGAUCAGAGGAAAGAAAGAGUGUUAAAACGGUGAACCAGCUAGCACAUGCUCUACAUCAGGAUGAGGAUCUGGAUGCAGGCAGCCUGGUGUGUGUAAUGUGGCCUAAAGCAAAGUGUGCUCUGCUGCGUGACGACCUGGUGCUGGUAGACAGCCCUGGCAUAGAUGUCACAACAGAGCUGGACAGCUGGAUUGACAAGUUUUGCCUGGAUGCUGACGUUUUCGUUCUGGUGGCCAAUUCAGAGUCCACCCUGAUGCAAACAGAGAAAUCGUUCUUCCACAAGGUGAAUGAACGCCUCUCAAGCCCCAAUAUCUUCAUCCUGAAUAACCGCUGGGAUGCCUCAGCCAGUGAGCCAGAGUAUAUGGAGGAGGUCAGACGGCAGCACAUGGACCGCUGCACCAGUUUCCUUGUGGAUGAGCUGGGGGUGGUGGAUCGAGGACAGGCCGGUGAUCGCAUCUUCUUCGUCUCUGCUAAAGAAGUCCUGCAGGCACGAGUGCAGAAGGCUCAGGGCAUGCCUGAAGCAGGUGGGGCCCUGGCUGAAGGCUUUCAAGCAAGAAUGUUUGAGUUUCAGAACUUUGAGAGGCGUUUUGAGGAGUGUAUCUCUCAGUCAGCCGUGAAGACGAAGUUUGAGCAGCACACUGUGAGGGCCAAGCAGAUUUCAGAAACCCUUCGACUGAUCAUGGACUCUGUGCAUGUGGCUGCCCAAGAGCAGAGGAUACACUGCAUGGAAACGAAAGAGGAACGUGAGGACAGGCUGGAGUUCAUCGAUAAACAGCUGGACCUGCUCACCCUGGACUGUAAGAGCAAAAUCAAGAAGAUUACAGAGGAAGUGGAGAAACAGGUGUCAAACGCAAUGGCUGAAGAGAUUAGAAGACUGCACGUCCUGGUGGAUGACUUCCACAUAGACUUCCAUCCCUCACAAGUGGUUUUGAAGGUGUACAAAAAUGAACUACACAGGCACAUAGAAGAGGGCCUGGGCAGGAAUAUGUCUGAGAGGUGCUCCAAUGCCAUCACCUCAGCCCUUCAAAACACCCAAACUGAAAUGAUAGAUGGUCUGAAGCCCUUGCUGCCCUUAUCAGUGAGGGAACAGGUGGAUAAGAUGGUGCCCAGGCAGUGCUUCAGCCUCAGCUACGAUCUCAACUGUGACAAGUUGUGCAGCGACUUCCAGGAAGACAUCGGCUUCCACUUCUCGCUGGGCUGGACCAUGUUGGUCAACCGCUUCCUUGGACCCAAGAACACUCGCCGGGCCCUCAUGGGUUACAACGAUCAGGUUCCAAGGCCCAUGGCCAUCACCCCGGUCAGCACUGCCAUGCCUCCUUUCCCUCAGGGCUCCGUGACCCAGGAAGAGCUCAUGGUUUCCAUGGUGACAGGACUUGCCUCUCUCACCUCUCGAACAUCCAUGGGCAUCAUAGUUGUAGGAGGCGUGAUAUGGAAGGCAGUAGGAUGGAGGCUGAUUGCUUUGUCUGUGGGGCUCUAUGGCCUGCUCUAUGUGUACGAGAGGCUCACAUGGACCACCAAAGCCAAAGAGCGAGCCUUCAAGAGGCAGUUUGUGGAAUAUGCUAGCGAGAAGCUGCAGCUCAUAGUCAGCUACACUGGCUCCAACUGCAGCCACCAAGUCCAGCAGGAGCUGGCAGGCACCUUUUCACAACUGUGCCAGCAGGUAGAUGUGACGCGGCAGCAGCUGGAAGAUGAGAUUCAGGACAUGAAUCGCAAGAUUGAACAGCUGGACUCUUUACAGAGCAAAGCCAAGCUGCUCAGGAAUAAAGCUGGCUGGCUGGACAGUGAGCUGAACAUGUUCACCCAACAGUAUCUUCAGCAGGGCCGAUAAAGGGUUAUAUUCUAAUUAUUGAAUUACAUGACCAAGACCAACACUAAAAGUGCUAACUAAUACAUAACAUGAAUUAUUCUGCUAUUGUUCUACAAACUAUUUAACAAGAACACCUUUUAGCCAUGCUUUUAUAGGAGAGGACAUUAUUUGAUUAUACCAAAUCAUUUUGCCAUCAACUUUCUAAAAUGACUGUUUUUUUUGUUCUCUUUUGAUGUUUCAAAGUGUGAAACCUGCCUUUGAGGGUACAGUGAUGGCGAACUGUACCACAUUGAGGAAAGGCGACCUAAUAGGUCCUGUUGUUUGUUUUUCUUUUUGUAAAGAGAUGCUCACUUUUUGUGUAAUUAUUUAUUCUUUGCAUUUGACUUCAUGUGAAGUUGUUUUCGUUGUCUUCAGUAAUUUCCCCGCUUGCUAAAAUAGGUUGGAUGUGAGAGGUGGUCAUUGAGAAUGUAACCUCACCUUCUCUGUGACUGGCAAGAUGGUUCCUUGUUGAUACUCACAGCCCGGUUAUGGGCGAUUAUAUUGUGAUGCUACACAUGGUAAAUGCACUUAACUUUAAGGAUGAUUAAGAAGUGUAACCAAAUAGUUCAUGCGAGGACAUGCACAAAUUACUACUCAUCAGAGUUGUGCUGCGUUAUCAGUGUGGUUUAUUUAAACAGACAUGGCUUUUGCGUCUGCAUGGUCAGCAGUUGUGCUGGUUUUUGUGGUGAGUUGCACGGACGUAUAAUAUAAAUAAGGCAUUAUGCUGGCGUCUCUACUGUAGCUUCAUUUAGGAUAGAUUCCAAGUCUUUUCUGGUUUGUAAUGUCUGGUCAGUGUUUGCAAAGUGGGACUGUAGAUCAAGAAUGAUUCCAGAAAGUAGUCUGAUGCUGUCGAUUCCAGUUUUAGAUAUAUGUUAAAGGCUCCAGGCAGGAAUAGCAUACUUUUUGGUUUUGUAACAACAUAAGCCUUUGAACAAGAACUGCAGCUACCAAAAUGCAACAUUAUUUGUGUUUACCAUGCUCUCUGCCAGUAAGCACAGUUCUGUGCAGUAGCACUCUUUCAGUAUUGGGGCUGUGAGUGCACGACAUGUAGUUACCAGUAAGUAUGAAGGAAUUCUGUUUUAAGUAGAAAAAUCGAACUUAUUCAGAAGGUGUGACUUAGUUCUUCACUUUAAUGGACGGCAGAGAAAUGAACUGAAGAAAGCAGGGAAAUGAACUGAAGAGAGCAGAGAAAUAAAAUGAAGAGAACAUAGAAGUGAACUUAAGAAAACAGAGAUUAAACGAAGAAGACAGUACGACCACCCUGUGAUGACUGGUGGCAAAGCAUUAAAUCCCUACUGAAUGAUAACCAUGCAUAUGUUUACAAAGAACAACUCAUUGAAUCUUAUUUAAGUGGAUAAAAUCUUAGAUAACCAGAAUUUUCUCGUCCUACUUCUGCACCACAUUGGCUUACACUGCAAUUUGAUAUCAUUACUACAUGUAGAAGGUAUAUUCCAAGAGCACUUAGCUCCUAGAUUAAAUGUCCACGUAUGUGUAUAAUCCACCAUCAAUCCUUCCUGUCUCAAAGUCGUGUAGUAGCUUGUUGGGUUUGGUUUAUGGUUUGUGCCAAGUGUUUAAGGAAGCAAUCUGAAGAGCUCUCCACUGAUCAUGCACUUUACAUUUGCUGCUUUUUAUUUUUUCUUAAGUUAAAUUUUGUACCUUUUGCCUUGUGGUCAGCAGGUAAGCAGAGAAAAGGGUAAACUGAUUGACCUGUAGAUUCCAUGUCGAUAGUAAUGUAUAGAUGUGUGCAUGCAGUGACUGUUGUAAUAUGACCUAACCCAUACAUGUAAAAAAUGAAAUAAAAAUCAAUACUGUUGGUUCAUUGCA